CUGUUGCUUUAUAAGUUGCCAGGCAGGAGGAGCAAAAGUUAACUGCAACUUCUGAACAAAAUAAAUCAACCAUCUUGUGGUUCCUUUCCUCGUCUGCUAAUCCUCUUGCAAGAGGUUGAUGAUGUUGUCGUUGUACAUUACACCGGUGCUGCUGUACAUCUGUGCCAACAAACUUGUUGGAUGUCUGCCGGAAGAACAUGGGGCAGAGGGAAUGAGAAAACGCGAGACCCAGCUUUAUCAUGAAGAGAUUCCAAGAUGUGUCAUCAACAACGAAGGUGGCCUUCCAGUCAAGAUAAGCACAGAAUGUCGGCAGGUGUUACACCAAGCUCUGUUUCCGGACGAACCAAGCUCGCUGAACGACGAGAAUGGAGUCCGAAAGAUAACCUCAGAGGAGGGGUUGUACUGGCUGUGGGGAAUUCUGGGUGAAGACUGCGACGUUCUUGAAGAGCUCCUAUCUACCAUGGCUGUCCUCAUUGCGGAAAAUCAGACAGAUGAGCCCCAAAGCUGGAAGGAAAUUCAGGAUAUUGCGACAAAUUUAGACGCAGUUAAUUUGAGAGAGGCGAGGUUCCAAUCCAAGAGAAAGAGGGACAGACAGACACAAACAACGGUGGACUCUUUCCCUAAAUCAGGGCAAGAUAUUUUCAACCAGCACUUGACAGCAACUGAACUGGCCAGACUAAACAACAACCUACCAACUAACCCACCUCCCGGUCGGGCCAAGUAAACACAACAAGUGACCGCCUUUAUGUACAUUGAGAGCAAGAUAUACAUUCCGGACGACGAAAAACUACUUACUUUCUGAUUGAAUCGACGAAGUUUAUAGCUUUAAAAUAAAGUUUAAGUUUGAACAAAGAAAGGUUGACUGGAACGGGACUUGAAUCAA